GUUGGUGUUGUAGUUAGGACUCAGAAGUGAUUUUCAGCUAUAAGUUUUCUCGGGAACCAAACACCAAGAUCACCGAGAAGAUGGACUUCCACCCUUUGCAGGUUUCACCACUGCCAAGGAAAGAUCAAGAUCUCCAAGAAUACAUCAACGUAGUACCAGAAGAAUAUGUGGCCUUUGAAGACCACUUGGAGAAUCCCAAUUUUCAACUUCACGUCCGUGAAAUCAUAAAGAGAAAGGUGGAAGAUGCGGAAAAAAAUCUCAAACCAUUUGCUAUCUGCUUUCUGAAAAUUGCUUCAAGGAUGGGGGACGACACCUUCUUGGUGCAUGGAUUCUUGAUGGAACCCAAACUCGGAACUUGCAUAAGAAAGAUACUUCAAUCGGAGCUUCAGAUUCCCAGAGGACUGAAAUGGCCAGUUCAAGAUGUUUCAAGCGAUGUGGGGUUGACCAUGUUGAAACCAUCCAAAAUACCAGCAUCACUACUUCUUGAUGCCCACCCCAAGAUGUCGCCCCUGCUGCAACCCUCUCAAUCCACUGGAGCAAUUCCUUCUUCUGGAUCCAUUCUCCAGCAACCAAAUGGGACAUGUCAGGACGGUGGACUUCAAUGCCUGGAGGAACUAGGGGCACAAUACACAGGGGAGGAGGUGAUGAGCUCAGAGGCACCAAAGCCAGACUCUCCACAACCUAGUGGUCCACCGAGACUCACCCCACCGAGGGUAGGUAGGAUGAGGAAUGAACCAUAUCCUCAACCAUAUUCGCCUAGACCAAACAGAAAGGCACCACCAAGCUCAGGCGGGGCAGCGGGUGAAGGAACAUCAGGCUCAGGGACACAGGGAGAGGGUACAGGACCAACAGACUCAGGGACACAGGAAGGGGGUGAAGCACCACCAGGCUCAGGCCCACCGGGUUCAACGGGCGAGGCGGUAGGCCCAAGCAACCCAGAAACUCCAAAAGGGGUUUGUAGUUGCCAAUAUUGCUGCAUAAUAUAGCGCGUUUGGUAUUGUGGAUGAGAGUAUCUCAGUGUCAUCAUUGAAUUGAAUCCGAUUCUUAAUUUUUGGUCUUAUCUUGAGUUUUUGUUACAACAAACACAUACAUGUAUACUCAAAUUCGUAUCAUUUUUCAAUAAUAUAGGCUGCGCUUACAAUAAAUAUUUGAAAGUGAAUCUUAAUAAACAAGCAAUACUUUG